GAUUUAUACAUUUUGAUAUUUACACGAAUGUUUAGACCAAACUAUGGUGUUUUAUCUGAAAUGAUGUAAUAUUACGCAUAUUGUGAUUUUAACUGGUGCACAUUAACAACAGUGAAACCUCUGAUGUUGGACGGAUUUGAUGGAUAAACUAUUGUGUCAUGGAAAAUAAUUCAUCACGAGAUGAACCAUCACGAGAAACCAAGCAUAUUGAAAAUGAACCAUCACGAAAAACCAAGCAGAUUGAAAAUGAACCUUCACGAGAAACCAAGCAUAUUGAAAAUGAACCGUCACGAGAAACCAAGCAGAUUGAAAAUGAACUGUCACGAGAAACCAAGCAGAUUGAAAAUGAACCAUCACGAGAAACCAAACAGAAUAUUGGCAAAGAUAUUCAUAACAGUUACACUAAACCUAAAACCCGCCGCCGCCGCGGCGGAAUGGCUUUAGGGUUGGUAUACGAAUCACUUGGACAUAAAGUAAAAGAGGUUAUUCCAGACGGUGAAGGACCGACCCCCAAACCUCCACCGCCACCAGCUCCACCGCCACCUGAUCUUCUUGACCAAUGAGUUCCAUGGACUGAACAAACAAUGAAUACUUUCUAGUCAGAUCACCGCGGCUAGUGAGUACUUGAAGAAAUUGACUCUUAUAUUAAAAAGAACAGACAAAAAAAAUGGUAAGACGUCAAAUCACAUUUACUGCAUUAUAUCAAGGUUUCUUUUAGUGUCAAAUAAAAAAAGUAAAGUUGA